AUGGAAGCCAUUGCCAGCUCGGGUAUUACCAUCUCCUUAACACCGGUGCAAGCAGUCAUCGGCGCUGCGCUCGGACGACUCUUCAAGCAAAUUGCACGGCAUCUCCUAUUUGGACGCGCUAAGCUUACAGUAAAGAGUGCCAAACAUGGAGGCGAGGCACUCUUUGCACCCGUCGUCACUUCCUCAUACACCCCACUCCUUGACAUCGACUACAACGUACACAAAUCCAACAGCACCUUCUUCACCGACCUGGACGAGAACCGCACGGAGCUGAUGCUCGCGCUCUUCAAGGAUGUCGUUAGGCCUCUGAAGACUGGCAAGGACGCGCCGAAGCCGAAAAUGUUCAACAUGGGCGGCACGUCGUGCAUCUUCAAGAAGGCGAUCGCUCCUUUUGCUCGCUACGAGAUCUCCUCCCGGGUCCUCUGCUGGGAUGAGAAGUGGGUCUAUGUGGUCAGCCAUUUCACCAAGCCAGGCUCCAACAAGCCGACUGAAUACCUGCUUGGGCCGAAGAACACUAAGAAGUCCACUUCCUCCGAGCAGCAGGCGAAGGUGGACGAUCAGCAAGAUCGAAUCUAUGCCACAGCGAUCACGAAAUUCGUCUUCAAGCAAGGUCGCAAGACUUGCUCGCCCGAGUCGGUCAUGCUGGAGAGCGGUCUGCUUCCCACACCGCCAACGACGGAAGGCGCAUCAGGUCUGGAGAAUGGAGUUGCAAAUGUCAAGAAGGAGCGGGAUCCCCAUUGGUCUUGGGAGGAGGUGCAGGCGGAAUGCAACAAGCAUCUGGAAGUAGCACAGAACUUCGGGAGCCUCGAUAAGCUUCAUGGCACAUUCAUUGGUAAAGCCGGGCCGGCAAUGUAUGCCUACUAG